AUGUCAAGUCCCACAAACGACAACAACCCGAGCAAGCCCGAGCAGAGCCAGAAUGGCGAUCUACUCACGGAGAUGGCGAAAUUCAUGUGCAAGGACAGUGACAACCAUGUGCUAAGGCGAUUCGACAAGCUCAAUCUCUACAACCUCCUAUCACUUCAAGACCGGCUCAUCCCUCUCGCCACUGAGAUGUCGUCGUAUGAGGGAAAGGACCAUAUGAAGAUGUACGGCUUUUACCUAGAUAAAGCACUUCUGGACUAUGCGGAAAUGGAGAAGCUUCGUCGCACCCCACGUUACGUCAAGCAGCAAUUGAAAAGAGGAGUGGAGGGCUUCAGAGCACUCGGGUUUCUAUUCGACGGUGGAGACGGCUGGGACGAACUGUCCUCAUUCCGAACCAAAGAAAAGGGUGCCAUCCACAACUUCAUCGACUAUCAUACUCCGAUACCCAAGUUGAUCUCCAAGGUACCCCCCCAAAACCAAUCCUCCGAUUAG